GGCGAAAAGUAGGUGUAAUUUUAUUCGUUUUAUUAUCAAAGUUUUGACAACAUGUAUUUCCUAUGACACCUUUGGGAUAUAUGUCAAUAGAAGAAAUUUGGAUAGUGUGGAUACCAGUCAAGAAUAGAAAGCAAAAGCAAGCACAAUUUCCCACCUUCCAAGGAGAAAGAAGAACCCCUUCCAUGGAGCUCAAUUUCCCACCUCUUUUAUUGGACUUUCCCACCUCGUAGAGAACAAACUGGACCAAGUAGCAAUCACCAGUAGCAGAAGAGCCAAGAAGGUAAAGAUGGAGGAAGAGAGCAAGAAGCACUUCAUCCUUGUUCAUGGGAUGUGCCAUGGUGCAUGGUGCUGGUACAAGCUUGCCACCUUGCUGAGGUCGGCCGGCCAAAGAGUUACGGCGCUUGACUUGGCCGCCAGCGGCGUGCACCCCAAGCGCCUCGACGAGCUCCGGUCGUUCUCCGACUACUUUGCGCCUUUGAUGGAGGCAAUGGCCUCGAUUCCAUCCGGCGAGAGGGUGGUCCUCGUCGGACACAGCUAUGGUGGGUAUGGCAUCGCCCUCGCCGCUGAAAAAUUCCCAGAGAAGGUCUCUGUUGCUGUUUUUGUUAGUGCUACAAUGCCUGGUUUCUCUGCUCCCUUAUCAGCCAUUGAACAGGAGUUCUUCAAUAGCCAUCCACCAGAAUUCUUUAUGGAUUCCAAAUUUAUGAUCAGCCAAGACCCUCAAAUCUGUUCGACUUCUAUCGUUCUUGGCCCCAACUACAUGAAGGAAAAGGUGUAUCAGUUAUGCCCACCUGAGGACUUGACGCUGGCUACCAUGUUAGUAAGGCCAGGUAUUCGGCUACAAGAUGACCCAACCAGUGGAGACAUGGUAACAAAGGAGAACUAUGGAUCGGUAAGCCGGGUGUUCAUCUUGUGCAAGGAGGAUCUAUGUCUGGAAGAGAACUUCCAGCGUUCGAUUAUUGCAGAAAGUCCAGGGGUGGAGGUGAAGGAGAUCGAAGCUGCCGAUCACAUGGUCAUGCUCUCAAAGCCCAAAGAGCUAUGCAAUCUCCUGCUUGAGAUUGCCAAUAAGUACAAAUGAAAAAUGUUUCAUGUGAAUGAGGUUAUAGGAAUAUAGUCUGUUUCUAAUGAAUGACUGAUUGGCUUAGCUGUUUUUCUGGCCUUGCAGACGAACCAUAAUCAAAUUGUAUCUUUUCAUAAGUACUCAUGCAAGAAGAAGAGUAAUCAGAGAGGAGGGCGUUGAGAUAAUCCAUUCAAUAAGUAGGCCAAUGCCAUUAUUUGCAAUGUCUAUAAAAAAUGAUGUAUGGAGUCAGUAAAAUAAGGGUUCAUAUAU